UUGGGAUUAAGGGUGUGCACCACCACCACCACCCGGCAGAUUAAGGAUUUUCUGUGCUUUAAAUUGCGAGCGUGCAGCUCACAGCAUUUUUUUCCCCGCCCCUCAGUCUCGCUGGAGAUUGAAACCAGAACAGGCUAGACUACCCAUCUCCCACUGAACCUCGUCCCUAGGCUGUAGCUGGUGGAUUUUAGGCAAGUCCUUUACCGUUGACUGUCACAUUUUCGCGCCGUCUUUAAUUUUUAUUUUGAGCCACCGUUUCCUUAACCGUGCACAUCACUGAAAAAAAAAAAAGUUAUCGGCUUGAGUCAGCGAGACCCGGGACUGUGAGGCACUGAUGGAAUCUGAGCCUUCUCUUUUCACCAGCAUAGGCUCUCGCAUGGCUUUCUGGUGCUGCUUCAUUUCCUCAGAGGAUAGGAGGCAGGGCCAGCCUUUUCCCCAGCUCCACGGAGAGUGCCGGCCAUGGUCCUGUCGCUGAUCCUCCAGCUGUUGACUCUCUGGCCUGUGUGUCAUGGGGACUUCACACCAACAGCUCCCCCAGCCUCAAACCCCAAGCCCUGGCUGGGGGCUCAUCCUGCUGCAGUUGUGACUCCAGGAGUCAACGUGACUUUGAGGUGCCGUGCACCCCAACCUGCCUGGCGGUUUGCACUCUUCAGAACUGGUGAUGUUACCCCCCUGUUCUUCCGAGAUAUGUCCACCGAGUUGGCUGAAUUCUUCCUGGAGGAAGUGUCUCUGGCCCAGGGAGGCAGUUAUUACUGCCGCUAUCGCAGGACAGACUGGCGACCGGGUGUCUGGUCCCAGUCCAGCAAUGUCUUAGAACUGCUGGUGACAGAUCAGCUGCCCAGACCAACACUGGUUGCAUUGCCUGGGCCUGUGGUAGCUCCGGGAGCCAACAUAAGCCUGCGCUGUGCAGGCCGCAUGCCAGGCAUGAGUUUUGCGCUGUACCGCGUGGGAGUGGCGACCCCUCUGCAGUACAUCGACUCCGUGUAUCCCUGGGCUGACUUCCCUCUGAUGGGCGCCCAUGCUCCGGGCACCUACAGUUGUUAUUACCACACACCAUCUGCUCCCUAUGUGCUGUCACAGCGCAGCCCGCCACUGGUCAUCAGUUCCGAAGGUUCUGGCUCCUCGGACUAUACUCAGGGAAACCUCAUUCGUUUGGGAGUGGCCGGGCUGGUCCUCAUCUGCUUGGGCAUCUUAGUUACUUUUGACUGGCAUAGCAGCAACUCUGCUUUUGGUGGCCUCCUGCCUCAGCAAAACUGGGUGUAGGCAUGUGGGAUGAGAAGAUACUGUCUGGAGAUGGACAGAGAAGCCGGGAUCAUUGGUGAUUAGCAGCCGGGGAACACUCCAGGCGUCCAGACUCCACUAGAUUAACCACCUUCACCCUUUUGCACGAUAGCUUCCUGCUGGGUCCUCUCCUAGACCUCUCAGGGGAGUGGACAACACUACCAUAUUUUCUUUGAUUGUAAAAUGGUUUAAUACCACAUUAUUAGGGUUGUUGAAGGAUUAAAAGUCGUGACUGGCCUGUGGUAAAUGAUGUUCAGUUAAUGUUAGUGACUUUAUCCUAUCUUGAAAACCCCUUCCCUUUUGAUUCCCCAGGGUCCAGGGGAGCUUUGCUACACAGGAAAAA